UAAAAUGGAAAUUGUACCAGGAGAUCCAGCUAUACUCUAUACAGGACCUCAAAUACUGUUAAUGUGCAAGGUUCCUGAAGAUUUAAGUGAAAUAAAAGAGAAACAACAAGCAGCAAACAUAGGUGAUAAGCGUAUUCUACACCGAAAAGGUGGUAUAUUCGACUUACGCAAGGUUGUAGGCAAACAGUAUGGACAGAAGUUCUACUGGGAUUCCGUUGCCAAUAGGUGGUCUGUCAUACUGCAACCAACAGGAGAAUUAAUCACAAGAACGGUAACACAUCGCACACAAAUAUUGUACCGAGCUGAUAUAUCGCUGGCUAUACUGCUAUUGGAUUUAUACCCUGGAAAGAAGGUACUCGAAUGCGGAACGGGAUCUGGCUCGUUGAGCUAUAGUCUCGCUACGACUGUAGCACCUACAGGGCACCUGUAUACGUUCGACUUUCACAAUCAGCGAAAAGUAUACGCAGAGCAGUUCUUCAAAGAUGUACACGUGAUGCAAUACAUCAGUGUGUACGACAGAGAUGCAUACUCCAAAGAGGCAUUUCUGACGGAAGAAGUCACUGAAUCGUCAAUAGAUGCAGUGUUCUUCGACCUGCCAUCACCCUGGGAUGCCCUGGAAAACGGGAAACAGGUACUAAAGAACUUUGGCAAACUAGUUACAUUCUCACCAACUGUGGAACAAUCGCAACGCAUGUCAAUCGCACUAUCAGAGGCCGGGUUUAUAGAAAUAAAAACAUUUGAAAUAUUGUGUAAGCCCUGGGGAAUCAGCUUCGAUGAAUCUGACGACAAACACAUGGCAUGCUAUCAACUUCCACAGCCAAGUCACACAGGAUACCUGACAGUGGCCACAUUGAUUAGGUAUUAAUACGAUAAAAUUAUACAA